CACCACUCCACAACUACCCCCACAGGCCGCGAGGGAGAACAGAUAUACACGCACCUUUCGAAGCUUUCUGCAAGCCCAACCCUUUUUACACAACUCUUCUCACUCAUCUUUGCUCAACUACCCGGCAGAGUGCAACUUGCCGUGCCUGUCGUUUCGCCUCGUCGUUUGCGGCCUUUCAACCUUCUCUUGGCCGUAUCCGUACUUGUCAACAACUGUUAACCCCUGCCUUUUCGCUUUUAGCCUGAAAAGGAAGCAAGCACCAAUAUGUCGAACAACCAAGCAGCCAUUCUGCUAAUGCGACAGCUCAAAGAGCUCAACAAGAAUACGGACUCAGGUUUCUCGGCGGGUCUUGUCGAUGAUUCGAAUCCAUUCGAGUGGCAAGUCAUUCUCACUGGGCCACCCGAUACCUGGUAUGAUGGGGGGCUCUUCAAAGCCAAACUCUCUUUUCCACCGGACUAUCCUUACAUGCCACCGACAAUGCGUUUCACAUCCGAUAUGUGGCAUCCUAACAUCUAUAAGGACGGGAAAGUCUGUAUCUCUAUCCUGCAUGCACCAGGUUCAGACCCCAACCAGUAUGAAAACGCUUCGGAACGGUGGCUACCAGUUCACACUGUCGAGUCAAUUCUAGUCUCGGUCAUAUCCAUGCUUUCCUGCCCCAACGACGAGAGCGCUGCUAAUCUUGACGCGGCGAAGGAAUGGAGAGAGACCCCAGACGUCUUCAAGAAGAAAGUGCGUGACACUGUUAGGCGUGCCCAGGAAGACUGGUAGAAGGAAGUAGGACUCUGUCAUUGAGAUGGUGAAUGAACAUCGACAAUAAUGGAUUGCCAAAGUUAAUACAGCAGCUCGUGUGUCGUGAUAACACCCUAUUCUGCGAAUGACAUGGCGAAACCUGCGGGAACGGUGCCAUAUGCUUUGGAACUCGACAAAGUAUUCUUCGGUGUGCGAACCGAUCUCGGGGUUCUUGGAUGCGAAUGGACCCCUUUGUAUUCUUGGUGACACUUAUCGUAAAUAGAGAUAUUCUAAGGUUCUCUCCUUAACUUGUCGUACACGAAUGCUUUGAUUAGAUUAAAACGUGCGUACAAAUCAAUGACCAAUGUCGACUUCUGCAGAUCCAAUUGAUGCAGUUUUCAUCAA